AUGGAUCGGUGGAAAUUCUGCCGCAAAGCCAAUGACCCAAUCGAUCCAAUGCGCGCCGAACUGGUCGUCUGGGCACCGAGGGUCCCCCGAAAUCUUUUGGCUUCUUCCACUUUGCCCCCGCUCGGCCGCAAAACUGCUCCAAAACUGCCCCAAAACAUUUCAGUCCCCCGCAAAAAGUGCCUGCCCCACCACCCGUCUGAUGCCCGCCCACCUUCUGCUGAAAGUGACAGCGCUGCCGCCCGCGUUGCCUGCCCCGUGGCCAUCCACUCAAAAUUUCGAGGACCUUUGAACUUCCGCCACGGCCUCUCCACUACGACUCGCUUCCCCCAGCUCCGGCAUUGUGUGCGCCAACCGCUCUUCCACCGGCUCAUCCAACGUCGCCUUCCUUUCGUCGUCCACCCCCACGUCGCGACAGCUCCGAGGAGCAUUUGGCCCGCAAAGAUGAGCCGCUUCUCUACCGGCCGCCUUCUGGCGCAAAGCCUCUUCCAGACAAUCAGCAAGCCCGCCGUCCCAAGCGCCACGCCACUAUGGACGCGGGCGUUCUCACAGACCCCCAUGAGGAAGGACGCCGACUCCGAAAGCUCAGCCAAGUUGAUGGAGUCUCUAACUCGGGGCAUUGUCGGCAUGGCCGCUGAUCCCACCGAAUUGACCGGCGACAAGCUUGCGACCAACAUUGGGUUGAGGGACACCGAGGACGAGCCAUACCACUUCCACAUCUACUCGCACAAGCACAACACUCACAUUACCGUCACCAAGCCGAACCGCGACGCUCUCAUAUCCCUUUCGUGCGGCAACCUCGGUUUCAAGAAGUCUAACCGCAAACACUACGACUCGGCAUAUCAGUUGGGCGCCUACGUGGUGGACAAGAUGCAUCAGAUGAACCUGCACAACAAGAUCAAGAAGAUGGAGGUGGUCCUACGAGGAUUCGGCCCUGGCAGAGAGGCGGUCAUCAAGGUCCUGCUCGGAAACGAAGGAAGGAUGUUGCGCAGCUCCAUCGUGCGUGUCAGCGAUGCUACGCGCCUCAAGUUCGGUGGUACAAGGAGCAAGAAGCCCAGACGUUUGGGUUAA